UGAAAAUGGGCGUUUUUUUUUAUCAACGACAAUACAUGAAAGAUAAUUAUCAACUAGACUGCAACCUGUUGCAACAACAUAAUGAUAAGGACAAGAGUUUGAUCAUAGAACAUGGUAGUAUUUGAUUGUAAAGGAAUCCAAAGAAAGAAGGGAAAGAGAGGAGGAGGCAAGUAUAGAAAAUAUGGCCAUGAUAUUUACCUGUACAGCCUCCAUGUGAAAGUGUUCUUGGAGUGACUCUUGACUUUACAUCAGAGGAACGCGAUUUGUUAUAGAGGUAAAUUGCAAUAAGAAAAAGGUGGACAAAUAGUGGGGGAUCAUCAGAGAAGGCAGGACACCUUUCUCGUGGAGACUACUUGGUAGUAUGGUAAGCGAAGAGUCUGUCGGUGACGUCACUGGCGCACUUAUGAGUGCCGCUAGGCCUCUCACUUGGUCGACAGAGCUCGACUUGGAUGGUUCUCGGGUGUACUGAAGUCCAAAAAGUCACUUUUUGAUGACUUUUUGUUAUCAUCAAAGUAUUAAAAAAAAAAAUUUAAUAAAACAUUUUAUUAUCUAUGGAAAGAAUUGAAACUUAUAAAAGUGUUUCUGUGAAAAGUGAUCUUAAAAAAAAAAAAAAAGUGAUUGUAAAAAAGUGAUUUGCUAAUUAUAUCCAUAAAUUGAUUAUUUAUUAUCUGGAUAAAUUUAAUAGUGUGUUAAGUGAAAUUCUGGAUAUUUCAAAUGGAGUAGAAAGUAUCAAUGAGAAACGGCGAUGAUGAUGAUUGGUCACGUGUCAGCUUUAUGUAUGCAAUAUGCAAAUGAGUAUCUUGAAUCGAAUGAUAGAAGAAUAAUUACAACCACAAAAACCACAAGAGCAUACGGGAAUGACCAUGACAAGUGUGGCUGUUGGGCCGGCUAGCCUCGGACCGCCCUCCGCAAUGCUCGGAUCUAAGAGAUAUCUUCAACAGGGUACGACCUCUAAUUCUGCAUCUCCAACACCCACAAAGAGUUACGAGACAUUAAACAAAAGCAAGAAAUCUUGGAGUGUGAGACUUGGUCUGUCGCGUCAACAUCAUACAUCAGAUGAAACGUCUGGAUGGAGUACGAUAAGCGGUAGUAGUGCGCUAUCUCGUCAGAUGCUUUAUGGAGAACCAUGGCUUUAUGGUACAGUGAGAUCAUCACACUCAGGUUUAGAACCAAGGGGGUUUCUAACUCCACCACCACCUCCACCACCAGGUGCACCUAUUCUUGUCGUUUGCUCAUGUCCUGAGUUUCUGAGCGGGACAACGAGGAAGCUGGGUAAUUGCCGUAAAUGUGGAGGUCAUCGUCUUGCUGGGAUUCCUCUAGGAGGAACUUGCAGAAUUUCAGGAAGCGCAGCGAGAGCUAGACCUAGUCUUGCUGGUGUCUUGAGACCAUCAACAGAUGAUCCAUACGAUGUUAUGCGACGGAGUCGUUUGGUAGAACCACGAGUUCGUGCCCGAAGUAUAUCACCGCAUCGUCAGUCGAAUCAACGUGAUACUCGAAGUCAAAGUGUUGCGAGAAAUACAAAGACAGAACGAAAUAUAAAUAAUGGUGGUGUUUCUAGAUCUGAGUGGUUUGACACCGAAGUAAAUUACACUGAUGAUUUCUCGCGAAAACCACUUGUAGCUUCUAGUGAUGACUGGUUGAACGAGAAUUCCACAGAAGACACUAAAACUGUGAUUGGAAGAGUCGUAAGAGUAGCAAAGAAGCCUAGAACAUGGCAAGAAUCUUCAGGUUCUGCUUUAACUAGAAAUAAUGAGGUUACUCGAAGAAAUGAAGAAGAAGUUGAUAUUUCCAAUACGUCUUCUAAUGGUUUUGACUCGAGGAAAAGUAUUUUAGAGUGCAAUGUAAAUCCGUAUUUAUUAGUGAAGAAAAAUAUCAAGGAUGAAGAUGAUUUAAGUGAUGAUUUAUCUGAUAAUGCUCUUGAACUUGAAGAUGUUCCAUCAUCAAGUCUCUUUGAUCCAUCAAAAGUCAAGUCUAUUGAACGUCUUCCCAAUAGAAAUGCAGUAGCAGCGAUUGGUGGUCAGAGAAUCCGAGUAUUCAAUGAACCUCGAGAAAUGUCCGAUGAGGAGGAUAUUCCCAUUACUAGAAUUCCCAUUCCAAAGGUUUCACCGAAACGACCUCCACGACGACCGAAAGAAACAAAAAUAAUCAUCAAAAGCAUUCUCAAACGAGGAAAAUCAGAUGGAUUGAGAAAAAAUGUUCUCUUUAAUGUCAAUAAUGUUAUUUUUGCUCCAGAAAAAUCUGAUGAAGUUAUCAACAUAAGAAGACCAAGUAAGAUCUCUGUAAAUACUUGUAAAGAAGAAGAACCAGAGAAACCAAUUAUUCCUGAAGAACAAAUCAAAGAACGUCCUAAAUUUAUUACAAUUCCCAACAUCAAAGAGCCUAAACGUUUCAAUAAAAUUCCAAUUAUUUCCUCUCAGUCCAUUAAUGAAGCAAAAAAUGUCCCUGAAUCAAAAAACUCUCAGUUAAUUGAGAAAAAAAUUGAAAAAGUUAUACAAAGACCCGAGGUUCCAGUGAGAAAUAAAAAGCCUCUGGAUGUUACUAAGAAGAAAGAAAUAAAUACGAAGAACGAGUCUUUGCUUGCGAAAGAUACGAAAUCAGCAGAAGCAUUGUUUGAUGUGCGACCUGAGGACGAAACUGACUUGGAAAUUGAAAUUGAAGAGUUGAAAGAUACUUUAGUGAGUCCAGAUGAUGAAAAAUUAAUUCUCAAGGCUGAUGACCAAACUCGUCGAUUAAACUUAACUAGAAGCCAGAGUGAUAGAUCAAUUGCAAAACCGGAAAUUUCAGCAGCUAGCGUUCAAUACUUGGAUACAAUGCGUUUAAGUCUACGCCGUUCCACUAAAGAAGACGUACAAGAUACUUGCAACAAAUUCAGUAAUCAGAAUGAUGAAAAUGUUGAUAUUCAAAAUGUUAAUAAGAUGAUUAUAGAAGAGAAUAAAUUAUUAAUUAUAAAUUCUGGCGAAAUAGCGAAAGAAACACCAGCUAAAUUAUCUGAACUAAUAGAAAAAGAAGCUGAACCACCUCCAAGAGAAUCAGAAGUGAAAAACUGUUUUGUAAAUAAUGCAGUUGAACAAUUUAAAAAAAUGAGACCAACUAGUUGGUCACCACCACCUGGAAAGCCAAAAUCAUCUUCCAGAGAACGUCUAAGUGAUCCAGGUCCAUUUAAUCAUAAUAUUAUGAUGUCAGAGAAAUCAAAGGAACAAAAUAAUACAUCGAAAGUUGAACAAAACUCUUGGAAUUUAUCAGAGAGAAAUGCUGUGUCUAUUAAUCCAUCAAAGGCAGAUAUUAUAAUGACGAAACCAGAAAAUAAUGUAUGUAAAAUUACCGUAUCACCAAAGGCUUCAUUUUCAGUUCAUCGACUUCAAGUAGGUGGUAAUGAUCCGCCUAGAGGUGCUAGAAGAACUUCAAUUUUAAUAAACGGAGACCAGAGUCUUGAAACUGAGACUAAUUUAAAUGACAAUAAAGUAACAAUAAGUGUUGGUGGUGAAGAUAGUAUAUGUAAUCCAACAGUAAUUUCUGUAAACUCUAAUACGAUACCAACAAUCCAAAGUUCAACUGAAAAUCGAACAUUGGUUAUUCUAGAAAAUUACAAGUCUAAUAUUAUUUUGGAAUCGAAUAGAGAAGGAAUGCCAUCAAAUGAUGUAGAAAAACAGAAUAAUCUUUGUAAAAAAGAUCCUAAGAAACCACAAAUAACGUUUAAUGAUGAAAAGAAGAAACUUACAACAGACUUAAAUACCAAUCAAGAAUGCUAUUUGAAAGAAGAGAAACAAUCCAGAUGGUCUACUUUAUCGAAAGAGUCUCUGAUAUCAAAACUUUUAGAAGAUUCAUUGAGAAAAGCACGAGAAAAUGGAGAAAUUUUAGAUGAAAGUAGUGGAGAAGCUAUUUUAAGGAUUCUCAAGCAAAGUUUGUUAAAGAGUAAAGAGUAUGAAAGUUCAGAAUCUACUCUAGAACCCGAGCCAAGUUUCUCUAGAUCAUCAAGUAUGAAUUCCGAUGUCGACUUUGUCUCAACGAAUUUAUUUUUAGAAGAAAAUCCUUAUGAAGUUAUCAAAGAACCAAUAUAUGAAGAAAUUCCUGAUGAACCACCUCCACUACCAUUAAGUCCACCACCCACUGAAGACUACAUCAAAGGCAGAAUAUACUUCCCGGAGGAUUACAAAGAAUCUUAUUAUAAAAAAGUCAACUCAGGUCAAUAUUUAGGUUCUUAUUUAUCAGAAGAUGUCUUCAAAAAAGCAAAUCUAGAAGAUCUCAAUGAUUCUUAUUUAUCUAAAAGUCCUGAUACAUUUUUCCAAAAGCCUCCAUCAUCAUCAGAUGGAAAUUUAUCAAAGAAAUUUGAACUUUUAAAUUUUCUAAUGGACUCAAAAGAUAUACCAGUGCCUAUCGAAGAAGAUGAAGUUCAAGACGACGAUGAAGAAGAUACUGAAGGUGAUCUCGAGGCUCUAUAUGAGCAAAAAGAAACAAGUAUAGGUGAUUUAAGCUCAAAGAGCUCACAAAUAUCGAAUGUAUCUGAUAGUAGUGAAGAAUGCAACAUAAUUCUAACCAAUUCCACUGAGACAUCAAAGACACGGGCUGUGGAUAUUGAGAGAACAGACAGUGGUGUUGGAUCAGAGAGCAGUCAAGCGAGUAGUAGCCGCGGCGUUGUAAGACGAUGGCGAACCGGAAAUGCUUCUUUCUCCUCCUCCUCCGGACCGGGCAGUCUCCUCAGUGGAAUCCCUCAGGUCAUAUCCGGCGAUGCGAAACUCUGUGAAGAUUGCGAGCAACAUCUCGAGCCUCUAAUCACCGACAGUGGUGUAGUUUAUGCCCCAUUUGUCUGUCGAAAAUGUUCAAAAAAGAGAGCUGAACGUAAAGAAAUAAUUACAGAGAUUGUGGAAACAGAGCAAAAAUAUGGUAGAGAUUUGAGAAUAAUAUUAGAAGAAUUUCAUCGACCUAUGCUUAGAGCUGGACUUUUAACUCCAGAUCAGCUGUCAGCUAUCUUUCUAAAUGUCGAAGAGCUCUUGGAGCAUAAUUUAGUUCUUGCGGAAAAAUUAAAAGACGCUGUAGAACUAAGUCAAGAAUCUGGUGAUGAAGAUCUUGUCACUGUAGACGUGGGAAAAAUUUUCUUAGAGUCUGAGAGAAUGCUUCAUGCCUUCGAGAGUUAUUGUACACGUCAGGGUAGUGCUAGUUUGCUUCUUCAGAAUCUAGAAAAAGAGAAAGAGUUAUUAAGAAUAUUUCUCAAAGUGUCUCAAAUGGAGAACACUGUUUUACGAAGAAUGAAUUUAAAUUCAUUCCUUAUGGUACCUGUUCAAAGGGUUACCAAAUAUCCUUUAUUACUCGCUCGUCUCCUAAAAGCAACGCCAACAGGAAGACCUGACGUUCAGGAGGCGAGGAAGAGAUUGGAACAGGCUCAAACAAAUAUCGAACUACAUUUGGAACAUAUGAAUGCCGAAGCCAAAGAUGUAACAUCAACAAAACUCUGGCGCAGGAUUUCAAUAAUCCAGAAUGGCAGAAGAUCUAAUGGUGAACAAGACAUGGUAAACAUCAAACUUAGAAAGAUGGCUGUUGAAGUGCUUGAAUGGGCACAUGAAGAAGCACGAUUUGUAUUAGAAGGACGUCUUUUAGUUGCUCAGCCAACCGAUAAUAACUGGCGCAGAGGAAGGACAGUCAAACUUGCACCUGUUACUGCGAUGUUGGUUACUAAUGGAAAGCCUAAUACUGAAUUCGUGGAUUCGAAUGAUGAUUCUCUAUUUCCAAGACAGAUUGGAAUCAAAGAAGCAACACUUCUUCUUGUGAAAGAAAAAAUCGGUCGAUACUCUCUUCUACGAGAACCACUAUAUUUGGAUAAGUGCAUAGUAUGCUGUGAAACUGACCUUGAGGAUUAUUUUGAAAUCCAAGAGCUUUCAUCAAAAGAAACGUUUAUUUUUAAAGCUGAAGAUGGUGCAAGAACGAAGAGAUGGUGCAGAACACUUCAAGCUCAUGCACAAUCUCUUGGCGCUUGGAGAAGACGACGUGGAGCACUGCCUAAUAUAAUGAUAUGCGGUGUUACUAGAAGUUAAAGAAUUGACUUCUAUCAAUAAAUUGAUAACCAAAUAAAGCUUUAUUCGAAGAUUUGGUUUCCUCCGAUGUUUAAUACAUUAUUUAACGACAAUAAUUGUAGAGAUGAAAGUUCCUACACAACUAUACGUACAUUAAUUUGAAUGAUUUUAUAAAUAAUACACAUUUAAAAUCAUCAACGUUGUACUUAAUAAUUCAACGUAAGUGAUAUCCGAUUGAUUGUAUUGUAAUAUUACGCACAUAAUAUAUAAUAUAUUUAGAUGUAAGGUUUUAUUUAAAUUGAAAAAAAUUGUUAACCAUUUAAAAAAAAAAGAUUGAGUAGCUGUGAUAUUGAUCGGUGUAUUGGGUUUUUUAAAAACACUUUUUUUCUAAAUAAAAUGUUCCAGAUAAAUCUUAUUGAGAGUAGAAAUAAUAUAAGCUGUGUAUAAAUUACUUAAAAUAUUUAAAUGGAAGAUAUUUGCAUUAUAACACUUUUUAAGUUGUGCCAAGAUCAUAUGCAC